AUGACGACGCCGCAACCAUCUCCUCCAACCGCCGAAGAGCGCAACCUAUAUUAUUAUGGGAUCCCUAGUGCUCCAAGUCUUGUCGCGCGAUCAAGUUCGCACGUCUGGGUUAACCCACAGAACCCUGACAUGGCAAGCUCUCCGUGGACGGGGACUCACAGAAUGUAUCCGAAAACGCUUCAUACUGUUGGAAAACACCCGCUAUUGCAUCGGCUGUGGAAUGACCCCGAAUCCUCUCUUAGAGGCAAGAUCUUAGAAGCUCUCAGUGGAACAGAUUGGACAGCUGUUGAUUUUCUACGUAUUAGCCUCAAUAAGGAAUAUCAGAUUACGCUUAUGGUAACUGUCAGGCCGGACACGCUCACUUGGAGCCAGGGGCAUCCUAUUACUUUACGAUGCAAAUCCAUUUUGGAAGAGCAGGGCAUCUAUGAUGUGCAUUGCGAGAUACUUGAAUCAGUUGUCCACUUCUACACCGAGGCGACAUCCAGAACCUAUUCCACCACCGACUCCGGAGUUAAGACAGAUCCCCCCUCCAAGACACCAGCAACGUUCCAGCUCUCUUCGGGACCAAUCCCGAAAGGCGAAAACGCGAAUACAUGGGCGCAACUAUCUGACAGACUCGGCACCAUCAUAUCCACCAGCCCUUUGGAUGGUAUAACCGGUACCAAAAGCCUCUAUCUCUCCAUCCCCCCGUCUUCCACUGGAGGCGAACCAAGAAUCGCAGCCUUGACUUGCAGGCAUGUGGUAAUUGACUCAAAAAAAGAGGGGACGCAGAUGUAUCAACAGUCCCAACAGUGCAAAGAGGUCAUCCAAGUUGACCAAUGGACCUAUGAUUGGAGACUCAGGUGUAUCGGGGACAGUGUUAAGAGACGUCUUGAAGCUGCUGAACUACGUUCCAUGACCGGUCAAACGGCGGCUCCUUCACUCACUAAUCUCAGCAAUGAAGCCAUGGUUCUUGAGCAGGCCAUGAAGCCCUUUGAAGAUGCUUCCUCGAGAGUUUUUGGCCGACUUCUUUACUCGCCCGAGUUUGCAACAACAUCAUCUGUGCCUGGAUGUGCAUGGUUGAGAGACUGGGCUUUAAUCGAACUACUGCCCAAAAAUCACCAAGCUCCCCUAGGUUUGAUCCAGAACAAAGUUUAUGUUGGGUCGCUGGAUGAUUUCCUUUGCACUUUUAGCAAAAGCAAAGGUUAUUACAAUCAGGUUCUAAGUUCGGGUGAUCUAGAAAUGGAAGAUGGGGAAUUACAGCUGCAGACAGCCGUCGUUCCUAUGAAUGAAAUUUUCCAUUCCCCUUAUAUGGAUUAUACUAGCGAGUCGGGACUAUGUGUGGGGAAGUAUGGAGCAAAAGGGGGGUUGUCGUUUGGUCGCGGCAACACCUUGAUUUCUGUCGUUCGCCAUGUGGAAACCCUAGAAGGAGGCAGAAAAGAAGAAUUCAUCAGUGAAGGAUGGGCUAUAAUAUCAGCCUCUGGAGGAAGAAAUAAUGUCCAAGAACCUUUCGCUGGCGAGGGUGAUUCUAGCUCAUGCAUUUGGGAUAUGCAAGGACGCCCUGCUGGAAUCAUUACUGCAGGCAACAGUGCCUAUGCAAUGUGGAGCCACAUCACAUAUGCUCAGCCUUUAGAGCGGCUACUUACAGAUAUUAGAUCCCAUGGCUUUGAUGUGUCGCUUGUUUAA